AGGUUGUUUCAGGUGAUAGAGCUUAUAGAUGAUGUACUCGCUCUUCUGAAUCUGGCAUGUAUGAUGAUCAUAACUUUCUUGCCAUACACAUUUUCCUUAAUGGCCUCCUUUCCAGGAGUACCUUUUGGCAUCUUCCUCUUCAGUGUCUGUGCUGUUGUCAUUGGCCUUAUACAGGCUGUGAUAGUAGCGUAUGGAUUCUAUCACCCACACUUACUGAAUCGACAGAUACAAGUGUCUGAAAAUCAGAAUUUCUAUAAACGUCAUAUCCUAAAGAUUAUCCUCAGAGGACCAAUUUUGUGCUUUUUAGCAGCCAUCUUUUCUUUUUUCUUUAUUCCUUUGUCUUAUGUACUUCUUGGGCUCGUAAUUGUUUUUCCGCAUCUCACUCGAUUCAUUUCGUGGUGUAAAACCAAGAUUGUUGGUCAGAGAGAGGAAGAGGAGGAACACCAUAGCUUAGAAACCUUCACUUUUUACCUCAGUGAGCCUCUGAGUAAGGAACGGGUAGAAGCAUUCAGUGAUGGAGUCUAUGCUAUUGUAGCAACUCUGCUCAUUUUGGAUAUAUGUGAAGACAACGUCCCUGAUCCCAGAGAAGUUGAAGAGAAGUUCCAUGGCAGCCUUCUUGAAGCUUUAAGUGAAUAUGGGCCAAACUACCUUGCCUACUUUGGUUCAUUUGUAACAAUUGGUCUCCUGUGGUUUGUCCAUCACUCACUUUUCCUUUAUGUAACAAAAGCUACACGGUUAAUGGGACUGCUUAACAUACUGUCAUUGGCUUUCAUUGGUGGACUCCCUCUAGCUUACCAGCUCACCAGUGAAUUUGCAGAGAAGUCUCACAAUGAAAUAGAAGCCAUUCAGAUCAGCUGUGUUAUCACUUUCUUUGCCAGCAUAUUUCAGUUUGCAAUAUGGACUACAGCCCUCCUCCAUGAGAAGGAAACUUUGCAUUCUUUUGCUAGGUAUGGUGGCAAGGAGCAUGCCUUCAUGUUUGCCAAGCUGGCUCUCUACCCUUGUGUAAGCCUUGGGGCAUUCUUUUUAACGUGCUUGUUAAGUGAAUUUAGCACAACAAUUUUCCAUCUUAUGCAGAUUGUAAUCCCAUUUGCUUUUCUUGCGUUGCGCAUUUUUGUUAGAAUUUCUUUAACUGUCAUAAAGUCCGUGAUGUCUCUCUCCAGACGGAAGGUUGUAUUGUUAGAAGAAGAGGAGGCAUGUUUGUCUCAUAGUGAAACACUGUCCUAAAUUUCUGCGCAGUGCAUGGGAAGU